GCGGGGCGCGGGCGCAGCUGGUGGUGCGGGCAGCGCCGAGUCGCCCGCGGCCCCGGCCCCCGCCCCCUCGGCUCCCAGCUGCACGCAGCCGCGCACACCCGCACACCCGCACGCAGCAGCUCCGGGAACAGCCCCGCGGGCUGCGGCGGCUCCGGGCUCCCCACACCGACCCCGGAGGGCCGUUCCGCGGCCCCCUACCCGGAGGGGCUCCGGGAGGCGAGAGGGGUCCCCGCGCGCACGGUGAGCGCCCUCCGGGGCUCGGGUCGGGUUUUCACGAGUCGGGGGUCCGAUGGGGCGGCCGGGCUGAAGCUGGGACCUGGCGCCCGCCGCCCCGACAUGCUGCCCGCGGGGCGCAAUGGCACGGCAGAGCGGGCGCGGGCGGGGCAGCCGCAGCUGCGGGCGCAGGGGCCCGCCGCGCCGCUGGGGCCCGCGCAGGUGGUCACCGCCGGCCUCCUGACCCUGCUCGUCGUCUGGACUCUGCUGGGCAACGCGCUGGUGUGCGCGGCCGUCAUGCGCGGCCGCCAGCUGCGCGCCAAGAUCGCCAACGUCUUCAUCGCGUCUCUGGCGGUGUCGGAUCUCCUCGUGGCGCUGCUGGUUAUGCCCUGGAAGGCGGUGGCCGAGGUGGCCGGCUACUGGCCCUUUGGGGCCUUCUGCGACGUCUGGGUGGCCUUCGACAUCAUGUGCUCCACCGCGUCCAUCCUGAACUUGUGCGUCAUCAGCGUGGACCGCUACUGCGCCAUCUCCAGCCCCUUCCGCUACCAGCGCAGGAUGAGCCGGCGCGUGGCCUGGGUCACGGUGGGCCUGGCCUGGGCCCUGGCGGUCCUGGUGUCCUUCAUCCCCGUGCAGCUCCAUUGGCACCGUGACCCGGCCGGCUCCUGGCGCGGGCCAGCAGCUCCCAACGGGACGGCCGUGGCGGGCAGCUGCGACUCCAGCCUGAACCGCGCCUAUGCCAUCUCCUCGUCCCUCAUCAGCUUCUACAUCCCCGUGGCCGUCAUGCUGGUCACCUACUGGCGCAUCUUCCGCAUCGCGCGCGCUCAGACUCGCCGCAUCGCCGCCCUGGAGCGCGCGGCGCACGCGCGGAGCCUGGGCGCGUCCCUGCAGAGCGAGACCAAGGCCCUGCAGACGCUGUCGGUGAUCGUGGGCGUCUUCGUGUGCUGCUGGCUGCCCUUCUUCGUCCUCAACUGCAUGGUCCCCUUCUGCAGCGGCGCCGGCUUCCCCUGCGUGGGCGAGACCACCUUCGACGUGUUCGUCUGGUGCGGUUGGGCCAACUCCUCGCUCAACCCCAUCAUCUACGCCUUCAACGCCGACUUCCGCCGGGUGUUCGCCCAGCUGCUGGGCUGCGGCCGCCUCUGCCCUGGCACGGCCGUGCAGACAGUGGACCUCGGCCACGAGCUCACCCCCUGUGGCCAGGUCACCGCCGUCCACCGGGAGAUGGCGGCUGCCUGCAGCCAGGUGAUCCCCAACGCUGUGACCCCGGGAGAGCCCGAGUGGUCCCAGGGCGAGGAGGAGCAGGAGGAGGAGGAGGGGCCUUCUGAUCCCGUGUCUCUGGUCUCGGGCACCUCUCCAGAGCCGGAUGCCGUGGCCCAGUCUGCUUGGGAGCUGGACUGCGAGGGGGAAAUCUCCUUAGGCAGAAGAACGCCUUUCACCCCAGGGGGACUUCGCUGAGCCCCUGGUGGAGUGUGGACGGGCCUGUGAGCCCCACGGACACGCGUGCACUAGUGCACUCCUGGCAUCUCUGUAGAAUCCCAUGUGUGAAUUCACACGUCUUCCUGCACGCUGAUGCGGCGGGAGCAUCCGAAGACGUGUUUGUCACCAGCUCAGGGAUGCGUUUGCCACGAGCUCAGGCAAUGACACCCUGACCUGGCAGAGGGGGACCAAAGGAGCUUUUAGAGAAGAGGGGGAUGUGUUUGGUUCUUAAAACACAAAAGCAGAAACAAAAAACCUGGUCCUUAGCCUUUAUACAAUACGCUCUCCUCUGCCUGUGAUGUGUCUUGAGUAUUUGUAGUUUGAAAUCCUAGUUUACAGCUGUGCUCAGGGUUGCUGUGGGCUCUCGGGCGUCUUGCUCUCUGUGGGUGUGGUGUGAGGUUUCUGCCCUUGGCUCUGAUGCCCGGUGAACACCGGAGACGAGUGUGAUUGUGGGGGUGGGGAGUCCUGGAGCCACCGGGUGAGCACCUGCUGCCCCGGCCUGCCGCACACAGUUCUCUUCAGGACAGAUCGCUCAAAAAGGUGUCACAGGAGCUUCCAAUUUCUCUGAUUCGGCUUUUUGGUUUUAUUUUUAAACCUGUACUGGAAACUGACUUUAGUGCCACACAGACACAUCAAACAUGAACAACUCAUGCCAGAAUUCUAGCACAUUCUUUCCCACUGGGACCUGCACUUUUAAAUAAUCUAGCAGGAAACCUUUGCUCCAUUCCUAGAGAUAUGCUCUUAGGUGAUUGAAAGAGCGUGUGAAGAAACAGUAGCAAGAUCUUCCUAAGUCAUCAACCUGCGGUGCUUGAGAGCUAUGGGACUUCUGAUACACAGUAAUUCUCAGAAGGAUUCUGAAGCAUGUGAUGAUAUGUUCUGUAAAGCUUGCCCUGAUUUUUUUUGUUGUUUGCUUUGUUUUGGGGUCACAGCUGGUGGUGCUUAGGGGUUACUUCUGGCUCUACUCUCAGAAAUUACUCCUGGCAGUGCUUGGGGGGCCAGCGGUAGGGUGUUCGCCUUUCACAAGGCCGACCCGUAUUCAAUUCCUCUGCCCCUCUCGGAGAGCCCGGCAAGCUACCGAGAGUAUUGAGCCUGCAGGGCAGAGCCUGGCAAGCUACCCAUGGCAUAUUCGAUAUGCCAAAAACAGUAACAAUAAGUCUCAUAAUGAGAGACAUUACUGGUGCCCGCUUGAACAAAUCGAUGAGCAAUGGGAUGACAGUGACAGUGACAGUGAUAGUCUCAGGGAACCCUAUGGGAUGCUAGAGAUCGAACCCAGGGCACCCACAUGUAAGGCAGACGCCCCACCUGCUGUACUGUAGCUCCAGCCCCAAGGCCUGUCCUGUUUUA